AUGUCUGACCGUCUUGAUUGGAUCUGCAGCACUCCAAACGGUAGCCUUGGAACCGUUAUGGAGCAACUUGCCUUGCAGAUAGCUGAACAAGGGGAAUACGAUGAGGUCGAUAUCUUGAGUACCAUAAAGACGAAAACAGGCGGAAGAACGGCAGCGCCCCAUUUCAAGGUCCUGUUAACCGGCACGGUCAACGGCAGGGAGGUCAAACACAACUACCUCAUCAGGGUUGCGCACCGCAGCACCAACGGGCAAUUGUCAUGA